GAAUACAUAUUUGUACUCGAACCAGACAACCAAAACCAAAAUAGUAUUACAACCAAAAAACGCCCAUAUAACGGAGUGUCAAACAAAAAAAAAAUCCCCUUAUGGCCCUUCUUUCCUCUUUUAACUGUGGUUAGAAAAUUUUCAAAGUGAGCUUGAACAUUCUCCGGCAACACCUCACAAAUACCAAACCAAUGGUAUACCUUCCACCAAAUGGAUUGAGCAAAAGGACACCAAAAAAAUAUAUGAUUUUUGGACUCUAUACCUUCCACACAAAAGUGCAAGAGAGCAAACCACCAUGAAGAAUUACACCUCUAGAAGAAAAAUUCCCCCUCGUUCGGAUUCUUGAACGAAGGAGUUGCCAUGUUACCAUUACUUUUGACGGAUCCCAAUUAUCUCAUGCUUUCAACAAAAUUCCACCAAGCCUUGUUGAUAGAGAAGAAGAGGAAAUUUUUGAUAAUAAAUGAGAAUAAUUGACCUUAAUCAAAAACAUACCUCCAUUAUCAAGCCGGAAGGUCCAAGAGGACACCUUGCUACUCUAUAUCAAUUUGUGUUGCCUGCACUCCUCAUAAAAGUUUAUUUACAUUGAGAAGUUGAGGCAGGAUCGACCAAAAACAAGACUACUAAAGUCCUAACUCUAGGCCUACCAAAAACCAAUUCUUUUCUCAUUAAAUUUUAUAAGCAAAAAUACCUCAUAUGUAUUAAAAGUUAAAACUUGUUUUAUACCUCACUUACUAUUGAAAAUUAUAUUGGGCAUAUCCUUAGUUGAUGGAUUAUAUGAAUGUUAUGUUCCCUUUGAAUAAUCAUUGGAACCAAUAUGGUGUGGUUUGUACUUUGUCAGGGGCAACACCAAAGGGCAUAUUGAAGGUAAUGACGGCUAUGGGGAUUUCAGAGUUGAGUAUUUAUCACGUCAAAAGCCACUUGCAGAAAUACAGGAUCUCCAAAUUGAUUCCAGAGUCCACUACAAGAGGAAAGACUGAGAAGAAAAGCAUAUCAGAUAUACUGCCAAAUUUCUGUUCUAUAUCUGCUCUUCAGCUAAAGGAAAUCCUUCAAAUGCAAGCAGAGGUGCAAAAACGCAUGGAUGACAGAGUUGAGGUUCAAAAAAUCUUGAAGCUGAAAAUUGAAGCACAAGGAAAGUACCUAGACAGAAUUGGACAAAGUAAUCAAAGCAGAACAAUUACAAGAAAAGCUUUCAAGCCUUUUGUUGGCAAAGCUACACAUCUGCCCUCUCUUUCUGAGGAAUCUGAAUCCUUAAAAACACAAUCUGAGGAAGAACAUCAAGCAGCCAAAAAGCUAAAGAUCAUAGAUGAUGAUGUCUCAGAAUUCUGCAACCAAACCUGGAAUAACCUUUCUUGGAUUCAGCUAGCUGAAGCAACAUGCCAAUCACCUUUGGUGCCUAGUUUCUUAUUAUAAUAGGUUUUGUAUAAUUAGAAUAAAUGUUUGCCUAAUAAAAAAGUUUAUGAUGAUGUCCAUCUUAUAUACAAUGUUUGCUUGAUCUUUUUUUGGUCCUUCAAAGCAUUUUCAUAUGGAGAUUUAUAUGUUUGAGGGCCUAGAAAUGAACAAUGUUCUGUAUAUAUUGUUGGAUGAAAAUAAAAGGUUCAACAGAAUCACACAUCAUAUGUGUAUAA